CGAGGAUGUGUCCCUGUAUAUUUAAAUAGAGUACUUUUAUCGAGUAUUUUGUCUUAUAAAGGUCACAGAAGUUGUCGUCAAGCCCCGGAGAACCACAUAAAUCAGAGAUGGGUGACUUCUCGUCGCUCGGGCUUUCAGACUGGCUGAUUAAACAGUGUAAACAGCUAGGAAUAAACAAACCCACUCCUGUCCAGGAACAGUGCAUGCCAGCUAUACUGGAAGGUCGGGACUGUAUGGGCUGUGCCAAGACUGGAAGUGGGAAGACAGCUGCAUUUGUGCUGCCAGUGCUGCAGAAACUCUCAGAGGACCCUUAUGGCAUCUUCUGUCUGGUGCUCACUCCCACCAGGGAGCUGGCCUAUCAGAUCGCGGAGCAGUUUCGGGUCCUGGGGAAGCCUCUGGGUCUGCGAGACUGCAUCAUCGUUGGUGGAAUGGACAUGGUGAGUCAGGCGCUGGAGCUGUCCAACCAACCACAUGUUGUCGUGGCGACGCCGGGUCGACUGGCCGAUCACAUCCGAAGCUCCAACACAUUCAGCAUGAGCAACAUCAAGUUCUUGAUUAUGGAUGAGGCGGACAGGCUGUUAGAACAGGGCUGUACCGACUUCACCAAAGACCUGGAAGUGAUUCUGGGGAUUUUACCAGCCAAGCGACAGACGCUGCUGUUCAGUGCCACGCUCACCGACACGCUGCAGGAGCUGAAGACUGUUGCUAUGAACAGACCUUUCUUCUGGGAGAGCAAGUCAGAGACGCGUACGGUGGAUGAGCUGGACCAGAGGUACAUCCUCACUCCAGAGAAGGUGAAGGACGCCUACUUGGUCCACCUGAUCCAGAUGUUCACAGAUGAGCACGAUGACUGGUCCAUCAUGAUCUUCACCAACACGUGCAAAAACUGUCAGAUCCUCACUAUGAUGCUCAGGGAAUUUAACUUUCCCACAAUCUCCCUGCACUCAAUGAUGAAACAGAAACAACGAUUUGCAAACCUCGCCAAGUUCAAGGCCAGCGUCUAUAAAAUCCUGAUUGCGACAGACGUGGCUGCAAGAGGUUUGGAUAUUCCAACCGUCCAGGUCGUCAUCAACCACAACACCCCGGGCCUGCCCAAGAUCUACAUCCACAGAGUCGGCCGAACUGCUAGAGCAGGAAGGAACGGAGUGUCCAUCACACUGGUGACACAGUACGACAUCCACCUGGUCCACGCCAUCGAGGAACAGACUCAGACCAAACUGAAGGAAUAUCCUGUGGUGGAGAAGGAAGUCCUCAAGAUCCUCACCCAGGUCAACGUGACCAGACGGAAGUGUGAAAUAAAACUCGAGUCAACAGACUUUGAUGAGAAAAAGGAGACCAACAAGAGGAAACAGAUGAUUCUGGAAGGGAAGGACCCGGACCUGGAGGCCAAGAGGAAGGCAGAGCUGGAGAAGAUCAAGAGCCAAAAGAAGAAGUUCAAAGAGAAAAUCCAGGAGAGCAUUCAGAGGCAGAAAAGUGGACAGCUGAAAAAGAAAAUGAUGAAGAGAAAACUAAAGAAACAGAAAAAGGCAGAACAGGCAACAUCGUGAAACUGUUGUGGUUUGACUCAUGUACAUACAACUUUUAUUACUGUGCAAUAUGAUAUUUUCAUUUUUGUGAGCAUCUGCAAAUAAACAUGGAAUGGAUUUCAUGUCAGAAAAACAA